CGUUUCAAUUUUAGUUAAUGCCGCAGUUACAAGUUCGAAUUUUAAUAUGGCCUGCAUAAAGUGUUCGUACGAUGAAGAGGAGCGUGUGUGGAGUAGCGCCAAUCCGACUCUAUUUUACGAUUUCAAUUGCUCCGUGGGAAAUAUUAUUUACAAAAAUUUGAAGAAUUUUCCAAACACAGUUUGCCAGGUAUCAGAUAUUGACGGCCGUGAAGUAACCAAUCGGGAAUUGUUAACUUGGUCAACCCGACUGGCCCUGUAUUUCAAGAAAAUCGGUUUACGGCAUGACGACGUCAUCGCUAUUGUGGCAAAGAACAGCACCUACACAAGCUCUGUAGCGGUUGGCUGUUUUAUGAACUGUACACCCUUCCAUGCUGUGAACUCGGUCUUGGAUCAAGAAACAAUAUGUCGGCUCUUCAAAAUCACCGCACCGAAAAUAAUAUUUUGCGACGGUGAAAUUUUCGAGAAAGUUCAUGAAGCAACUCGCUCUCUGAAGCCAUUAUUCUAUACGUUGAUCAACCAUAUUAAAGGCGUACCCACAGUCGAAGACUUGUUGGAUCGUGUACCAAAUGAAGAGUUUUACCAACCAGAGCCUUUGAUAUUGGGUGGUGAGCAGACAGUAGCAAUACUGUGUUCGUCCGGCACAACGGGUAUGCCCAAAUCUGUAUGUAUGCCGAAUUAUUUACUGAAAUUCGAUCACACAUUCGUUAACAGCGAAGAUAUCAUCUUCACGAACAGCUGCUUAGAUUGGCUAUCUGGAUUUUACUUUACAUUCCUCUCUGCGAGCACAAGUUGUAAACGUGUAAUCACCAAUAAGCCCUUCACACCAGAAUAUAUGACCGCGCUGGUGAAGAAGUACAAAAUCUCUUUCAUACUAGCUGCGCCAAGUCAUGUCUCCGCCUUGAUCGCUUGCCCAUCAGCUACUACAGAUAACUUCAGUUCUGUUCGCUCUUGCCUGGUUGGUGGUGGCUUCAUCAGUCGGUCGACUUUACAGCAACUGAGUAAUCUACUUAAGAAUGGCAUAGUAAUUUUUAGUUAUGGCAUGACGGAAUGUGGCUUUACAGCGCUGAACUAUAAUGAUCAAUAUCCCACCGCUGUAGGCACAUUAAUUUCCGGCGUUAAGGCGCGUAUUGUUGAUGAAGAGGGUAACAAUUUGCAACCGAAUGAAAUUGGUGAAUUAUUUACAAAUACGGGUCAUACUUGGAGUGGAUACUAUGGUAAUCCCAUUGAGACGAAACGUUUUCAAGAUUCGGAUGGUUGGUUCCAUACUGGAGAUCUUGGUUACUUUGAUGUACAUAAUAUGUUGUAUAUUGUCGAUCGUAAAAAAGACACACUCAAAUAUCAGGGUAUGCAUUACUGGCCGGCUGAAAUAGAGGAGGUGAUCUACGAACUGCCUGAGGUGGCGGAUGUUUGUGUGGUGGGUGUAUAUGACGAGAAGCACGGGGAUGCGGCUGGUGCAGUAGUGGUGCUUCGUCAAGGUGCCGAGCUAACGAAAGAGCAGGUGAAGGAUCAUGUCGGAAAACGUUUACCAGUGGAUCAUAAGCAACUGCAUGCUGGUGUAAUUUUCGUCGAUCUAUUACCGCAGAAUAAUAAUGGCAAGACAGUAAGAAAGGAUGCGCGGACCUUAUUCGAGAACAAAUAACAUUAUGGGCUUUUGAAGAACUAAAUAAUAUUUUAGUUAAUUUAAGUGGUAGAAGUUGAAGAUCAAGUAAGGAAAGGCUAAGUUCGGGUGCAACCGAACAUUGUAUACUUUCGCAAUUUAUUGCAAAAAUUUUAUUAAGAUAACACACAAAGUUACCCAUAAAUUCGGCAUACAAUUUAACAGAAUACCGAAAAUCGUCAUAUAUAGAUAUGAGGGCUGAGGUAAUUCCUCAACCAGUUUCAUUUCACCAGCACGGAAUACCAUACCCAAGACUGUACACUAUCUUAAGUUUGCUAAAAUAUCUCACAUAUUAACCAAUACAUAUAUGCAGAAUAAAACCCAUCGUAUUUUUAGAUGAUAUUAUUGAAAAACCUAUAAUUACGUUUAUGAGAGUUAGGAGAUGUUAUGACCCGAUUUUAAUAAAUUUUGAAACAGAGACACACUAUUAGAAUAAAACAAUUUCUUCUGAAUUACAUUAAAUUAUCUGCGAGAUUUACCCAUAUUUUCGUUUAAAAUUUGCCCUUAGGCGCUGAGCUCAACAUGUUCGAUAUUCGGGGCAUUGAAAAGUUAUAGUCCGAUUUCGACAAUUUUUUGACAAGUGAUGCCACGAAUCACAUACAGUAUUUGUGUAAAGUUUUAUUUCACUAUCUUCAUUGGUUCCUUAUUUAUACAUUAUAAAGUGAAAGAAUCAGAUGGAAUUCAAAAUUGAGUUAUAAGGAAAGUAGUCGUGGAUGUGAACCGGUGUCAAGAAAAUAUUAUAUACCAAAUUUCAUUCGAAUCGGUCGAGUAGUUCCUGAGGUACGGUUCCGUUGACCCAAAAGUGGGCGAUGCCACGCCCAUUUUCCAUUUUGUAAAAAAAUCUGAGUGCAGUUUCCUUCUACUAUUUCUUCUGUAAAAAUUAGUGUUUCUGACGUUUUUCGAUAGUGAGUUAACGCGUUUUUAGUCAUUUUCAGCCUAACUUUGGUAUCGAAGGUGGGUGUGGUUUUUAUCUUUUCAUGUUGUGUGGGGGGUACGUAAGAGAACCGGCUGGAUUAUAUAGCUUCAUUGGUUUGCGAGAUAUAUACAAAUAACACAACAGACAUUCGGAUUUCAACUCGUCUCGUCAUCCGAUCAUUUUAAUAUACAUAACCCUAUAUCUACCUCGUGUAAUCUAAUGACUUACAAACAACCGUUAUGUGUACAAAACUGUAAUACUUUUGUAACUUUUGUUGCGAGAGUAUAAAAAUGGCUUAGUCCGGGAAAUUGAUGUAAUUGAAGAUUCUAUACUCUUUACAAGGAUCACAGUCUUUGAACUAUAUUCAGAUAUUGGCAACACUUUAUAUUAAACUAGAGUAAAUAAUAUUAAAAUGAAUCGUUUCUGACAAGGAAUGCAAAAGCCUACUUUAUAAUUAAAAGUAAUAAAUUUUAUCAACUAUAAAAA